AUGCGUUUCCAAACCAUCAUCGCUUUCGCGCUCCCUGCGCUCGCUCUUGCUGUUCCUACUCCCCAGGACCCCAACUUCGAGUUCCCUGCCGACACUCCUGAUGAUGACAUUGUUGGUGGCUCCACCGCUGCCUCUGGCGAGUUCCCCUACAUUGUCUCUCUCCAGGUCGGCGGAUCCCACAUUUGCGGUGGUUCGCUCAUCAACGGCAACACCGUUGUCACUGCUGCUCACUGCUCCGUGAGCUCCGUCAUCGGCUCCGUCAGCAACCUCCGCGUCCGCGCCGGUUCCUUGAGCCGCUCCUCCGGUGGCACUCUUGUCGGUGUCUCCCAGGUCAUCGUCAACCCCAACUACCGCAGCAGCAGCCAGGACUACGACAUUGCCAUCUGGAAGCUGUCUUCGUCGAUCCCCACCAGCAGCACCAUCGGCUACGUCGGCCUCCCUGCCUCUGGCUCCGACCCGGCUGCCGGUGCCACCGUCACCGUCGCCGGCUGGGGCACCCUCAGCUCCGGUGGCAGCUCCCCCAACGCCCUCUACAAGGUCAGCGUCCCCGUCGUUUCCCGCACCAGCUGCCGCUCCAGCUACGGCUCCUCGUCAAUCACCAACAACAUGGUCUGCGCUGGUCUUACCAACGGCGGCAAGGACUCUUGCCAGGGUGACUCUGGCGGCCCUCUUGUCGAUGCUUCCAAGACUCUUGUUGGUGUCGUUUCUUUCGGCCAGGGCUGCGCGCUUCCUGGUUACCCCGGUGUUUACUCCCGCGUCAGCACCCUCCUUUCUUUCAUCCAGCAGUACGACUAA